CGCGCUCAUGUAUGGUUGGUUGUCAGUAUGAAGAGAGCCGUAGUCCCUCAUCGGCCGUGUUAAGGACACCACCUCAGGUCAAAGUCCUCGGGAUCAUCUACAGCCCCCCGCACUGCUUCCCACCUGUAUCCGGGCGGAGAUGAAGUGUCCACGGGUAGCCGCAGGGUCGCAUGGCCCGAUGCUGCUGCUGCUGGUGGUGGUCGCAGGUGUUUGCGUGGACAGCUAUAAACCAGUCAUCAUCGUGCAUGGCAUCUUUGAUGGACCACAGCAGUUCCAGAACCUGUCAAGGUUCAUAAAGAAGGUGCAUCCAGGCACUGAGGUCACAGUGAUUGACUUGUACGACGACCUGUUGAGUCUGCAGCCGCUGUGGAAGCAGGUCCCAGACUUCAGGCAGUCCUUCAACUCCAUCAUGAAAAAUGCUCCUGAUGGUGUCCAUCUUCUGUGCUUUUCACAAGGUGCUCCUGCCGUACACUUAAACAUUUAA